AUGUGUCUAUACGUAUGUGUAGAUCCUUUAUUUGUUUAUUUAUUUUACUUUCUGUUUGUCUCCCUAUUCUCCAAACGCCUUCUUUCCUACUCUCUCUAUUCAUUAAGAAACCUUCCUCUCACUCGGUUUUUCUCAUCAACACUCUUCUUUCUUUCCGCCUUGUUGUCCUACUGUCUUUUUUCUCACUCCUUACUUUACUCAUCUCCCUCUCACUAUUUCUCUCGCAUACCUCCUCUCUUUACUUCUCUCUCUUUUAUAUUUAGUCCUUCUAUGACUCUACCAAGCUAUCUCUUCCGUCCAUCCGACUGUGUUUUAACUAACACCCCACCACCAUAUCCUCUCCUUUUACUCCACUCUUCGGAAGUUUCCUUUUCUUUUCUCUCGCUAACUUUAGUUUUAUUUUCUCUCACUUUCAAACACUUUCGGUAUCUCUUGAUUUGCUCUUUCUGCCAGCGUUUCUUUCUGCUUGAUUCAUUCUUCACCCGUGUCCCCACCACCAUAUUUUUUUUUCUCUUCUUUCUCGCUUUUUAUCUAUCGUCCUUUCAUCUUGCCAAUAGAAAAGUUUUCUUCACGUUUUCUCUCUUCAUUCUUUUCCUUUCCCUCAAGUUGCAACGUUUCCGCCAUCUUUCUUUGUUCGACUGGCGCCUUUGCUUUCUUUUAGUUCUACUUUACCCUCCCACAACUAAUAUUCCAUUCCUUCUCUAUUACACUUUUAAAUAG